GGUUUGUUGCCACGGCUACCGAGUCGGGCUGCAGGGCGGGGGAAGGCGCAGGUGGCUCCAGCAGCUCCGCAGGGCGCGGGGGCUGGAUGCCCAGCAAAAGCGGGAGCGCCUGGGAGGUGAGCGGUGUCCCCUCUUGUCCCAGCCCCAGAGCAAGGGGCAGAGCCCCAGUGCACCCCCAAACCACAGCAGAAACCAGUCUCGGCCGUGUCUGUCAGAGGCUGUUUUCCAUCCUCCAUGUGUGUUCUUCUGUUGGUGCACUGACAAUUCUGGAGCGCGGUGCAGCUAAGGGAGUGCAGACCAGACCUGUUUCCAGCAGGUUAUUGUUACUUUUCUUCCCUCGGCCUGAAGUAGUCCACAUAAAACCACUUUUCUUCGUGUUUAGGUGCUGUUACAAUGAUCAAGAAUUCUCAGGAAUUAAGACCACUGAGCUACCUGAGCAUCAGAAAAUCAAUUUAAGAGCCGUCAUUGCUGAUUUACAGACCAAACCAAUGGAAAUGCAAUUGGAAAGAGAUGUGCUUCAGGAUAGCAGACAAAAAGAAUCUCAGAGCCAAGAGAAUGAAAAAACACAGCUAAAAAAUGCUAUUCAAGAGCUGGAAGCUGCCAACCAGCUGCAGGAGGAGAUGCUGAGGGAGGCUGACAGCCAAACGGAGCACUUGAAAAAGAAGGUCCAGAGGCAGGAGGGAGUACUUCUGGAACUACACCGCAUCCUUAGGGACUACAAGGACCGCACAGGCAAGAAACUCUGUGCGCAUGAGAAUAUUGCUGCCCUGCACAUGCACAACCUGAGCACAGCAUUUGCUGCCGUCUUGCGAGAUGUAGACUCAGAGGUGUCAUGCCUCAAGGAAAAGGUUGUGCUGGUGGAAGAAGAACUGGAGUCCUUGAAAAAAGAUUCACAGGCCCAAAGGCAACUUCUGCUUCAGCAACAUCAAAAUAGGUUUGAGCAGCUAAUAAGUGAGCAUGAACAGGAGGGGGCAGCACUGACUGACAAGCUAACAGUGCCCGCAGCUACGCCGAUAGUAUCCCGAGCCAGAGAACAAACAAGAAACCAAAAUGCAGUGUGUGCACAUCAAGUUAGUCACCUGCAAUCUACAGUUUCUCAGCUGCGUUCUGAAUCACGAGGGGCUAAGAGGAUGUCUGAAGACAAGGUCAAAGACCUUGAGGAGUCACACCCAGCUCAUUCUGAGACAGCCGAACCUCACACAGAACAGGAUCCAUGUGGCCAAGAAUCUGGCAGUCUGGAAGACCAGAUUCAUCAAUUGAUGACUGAACUUCAUAAAAAAGAGAUAGAACUACAUCUAGAAAAAGAGCAGAACAAGCGGAUUUGGGAUCGGAACACAGACGACAGCGUCGUCAUUGACCAUCUGAGGAGAGAACUGGACAACAAAACCAUGCAGUUGCAGCACAUGGAAAGCACAGUGAAGGCCAUGAGGGCUGAAUGUCACAGGCAAAUGGAGCACCAGAUGGCUGCAAUUAAGGAAAAGAAUGAAAGCGUUGGUAGAAUCUGCUCUUUGACUGUCCAACUGGAGUCAACCAAGGAAACACUCUGCAAGGUUAAAGAAGAUCUUACAGCCAAACAGGUGGAUUUGGAGACUGCUGAGCAAACAGUGUCAGAUCUGACAGCCUGUCUGCAGGAGAAAGAGAGUGCCCUGGAGCUCACUGAGAAGGAAAUCAAGGAGCUCCAUUCACAACUCGGCAGUAGGAUGCAGGAGCUCCAGCACCUGAAGAAUGAAGAGAACCGUUUACGUGACGUGCAGUCAGAGUGUGAAACACUGAAACUGCAGGUGACAGAGAAGGAAAGGAUUAUUGACAUCUUCCAAAAGCAGAUUGAUAUCGUCACCCAGAUCGUGGGCCAGCACAGUCGAACUGCCAGAGCGAUGGAAGUUGAGAAAUCUCAGCUUAUAAAAGAACCGAAUGACUGGAAACUUGAAGCACAAGAACUUAAGAUUGCAAUGGGUGAGAAAGAAGCCAGAAUACAUGAAAUGGAGACCAGAGUGAGAGAGCUGGAGCUGGACAAUGUUAAACUCAUAAACACAGGCACCGAGAGGCUCCGUGCGCUUAAUGACAUGAAACUGGAAAAAGACCGGCUAAUGAAUGAGCUCCAAGACAGCCAGAGUGAGCUGGCUGGCCUGGCAGAGGAAUUUGAAGAUCUGAAGAGGGAUUACCAGGAUAAAAUCAAGGAGAUGGAAAACACUGUAAACAGACUGAAAAUGCAGUUGAAAUCUGCUCAGGCUGAACUAGAACAGACCAGGACUGCUCUAAAGGCUAUGGAGGGCUCUGAUGGCCGUGCUAUGAAAGUUGCAGUGGGAAUGCAGAAGCAGAUCACAGCUAAGAGGGGACAGAUAGAUGUGUUACAGAGCAAGAUUAAAUUCUUGGAAGAGGCAACGACAAAUGCAGCUAAGGAGAAGCAUUACCUCAGAGAAGAAAACAGUAAACUAAGUCAAGAAUUGAGCUAUAUUACAGCAGAAAAUACCAAGAUUGCUGGGGAGCUGGAGAUCCUGAGAUCACAAGACAAACGUCUGAAAGAAAAAAUAUCUAAGAUGGAGACAGCCCUCGAUAAGGCAUCUGUACAGUUUGCGGAAUGUCAGUGCAUAAUCCAGUGUCAGGAACAAGCAGCGAUGCGCUUCAGACUGCAGCACACUUUAGAUGUAAAAGAGCUGCAGGGCCCUGGUUUCUCGUCGGCUUCUGCUUGGGGCAGGCGGCGGCACACGGCGCCUCUUUCCCAGCUGCGCUCUGCUGUCCUGGCCAGCUCCCGUGCCCCUCGAAUGCCUUCCAAGCCAGGUGUUUUGAAGGAAGAACUAUUGCAGGAUCUGAAGAGGAUUCUUCAAGAAUUAACGAGCUCAGACAAUGACAUUCCCACUGCGGAUCUUGGCAAGAGUGACAGCAAUGGUGGGAGAAAGUCACCUUUAGCCACCGUGAGGAACACAGUGGAUCCUUCAUGCUUACGCACUGCAGAUACUCAGUCCCAAGAUGUUACGCUGCCCUUUGCGUCCCCUGCAGGUACAUCCAUCUUCUCAGCAGCUCCUUGUCGCACAUCCUGCCCCGAGAAGGUCUCUCGGGAGGAGAGAUUCAGAGACAAGUCUCCGGUACACGCGCUGUUGACUUCCCCACCCUCUGAGGUUGUGGCUGGCCCCAGUGCCUCAGCAGAGCACCGACGGCGUGGGAGGAAGUGCGGCUCUCCAGCGGGAGCAGCAGUACCCCAGACAACUUCUCAGCCCAUGGAAACCAGCAUGAAUACACCUAGGAGGCUGCAGAACAAGGUGGAAAGCCUGCAAAACCUGGUGGAAUCGUUACAGACAAAAAACCAAGCCUUGUCAUCAACGAUCAGAACUCAGAAAAUGAAGACAGACAAAGCAAAGGAAAAGAAGAAAAAGCUGUCAAAGUGAAGACGCUGUAUACAUUAGUGAUUACUUUCACGUAUGUACAUUAAGUUUAAAAUAUGUUAUAUUUUUAAAGAUUAAUAAACAUUUUUUAAGUUUUGUAA